UAAAAAGAAACAAACUCAGGUCUCUCUCGGAUAGAAGAAGCAUCAAGAAGAAAAUCAAGAAAUUCAUCAAGGAAAAAAGGGGAGCCGUCGGAUCUAGGGUUUUGCUGCAGCGAUGCCGAAGAACAAGGGAAAGGGAGGUAAGAAUCGGAAGAGGGGAAAGAACGAAGCCGAUGAUGAGAAGCGAGAGCUGGUGUUCAAGGAGGACGGCCAGGAGUACGCGCAGGUCCUGCGUAUGCUCGGGAACGGCAGAUGUGAGGCCAUGUGCAUCGAUGGCGUUAAGCGCUUGUGCCAUAUCCGUGGCAAGAUGCACAAGAAGGUCUGGAUCGCUGCCGGUGAUAUUAUCCUCGUCGGCCUCCGCGAUUAUCAAGAUGACAAGGCUGAUGUAAUCUUGAAAUACAUGCCUGAUGAAGCAAGGCUGUUGAAGGCUUAUGGCGAGCUGCCAGAGAGCACUAGGCUUAAUGAGGGUAUUGCUGGUGGACUUGACGAGGAGGAUGAUGGCCCUGGCGACGAUUACAUUGAGUUUGAAGACGAGGACAUCGACAAACUCUAGACACUUUUAGCGAGAAGUACAAAGUGAAUUCGAGAACAAGGACAUUGACAAACUCUAAGAAUACUUUGUGAGAAGUGGGACUUGUGUUUCUUUCAAGAAUAUUGCCUCGUAGGUUCUUUACUAAAUACAAAAAGGAGGGGGUCUCUAAUAUGUACCGUUUAAGUUAUAUCCUAAAGUUUUAUGUGCGAGCUUUCUUGUAUGACAAUUUAUUUCGUAGCACCGUUGCAAUAACUGGCUGUUGCGAUG